GAUCAUGAUUAUCAAUUUUCCAAAAGCGAUUUACUAUUAGCCAUUGCACAGCACCAUCCGCACCGACCUCCAUUAGGGCUUGACACGCCGAAUAGCUGCGGCACUGCAUCGGCGGUAUCGCUAUGUCAAAGCACAGCGGACUCCACGCCUCGCUCCUCCUGACUUGUCUAACCGGGAAUGCCAUCGCAACGUUGGCGUCUUGUCACACAGGCUGGAUUCGGCGGCCAUGCAGGAACAGAUGGGGGAGACCCCCGUGCGACAAACUUAUUGGUGUCGCAAGCCUUGCCAAAAGGAUGUUUGGACCGGAGUUGCGCCAGCCGUCCGAGUUUGCUGAACAGAUCUUCUGUCGAUGUUCUGAAACUGCCAACAAGCGAGCAAUGGAUAUCACCUAUCGAUCGAUCGGCGUUGUACCAGGAGACAGACAUCGCCGUUUGGAUAAAUGACGGCCACUCAUAGAUACGCCCCCGGCACAUAUAAAGUGCCGAUUUACCGGAGCUCUGUAUGCAAUCAAGAAGGCCCAUCAACGUGGAGGCUCAAGGAGUGGAAGCAGUGGAUUGUUCUCAGACAAGUCAAGAA